AGGGGUGAAAAAAGGCAGAAGUGAAGAGAUCCCCUACGCUUGCCAAAGUCUUUGUCUCCGGAUGAACAGCGAUGGGGGAAUGGACUAUUCUAGAGAGGCUACUGGAAGCUGCCGUGCAGCAGCAUUCUACUAUGAUAGGGAGGAUCCUGCUGACCGUGGUGGUGAUCUUCAGAAUUCUCAUUGUGGCCAUUGUAGGGGAGACGGUGUACGAUGACGAGCAAACGAUGUUUGUCUGUAACACGCUGCAGCCAGGCUGCAACCAGGCUUGUUAUGACCAGGCUUUCCCCAUUUCUCACAUAAGGUACUGGGUGUUCCAGAUCAUCAUGGUGUGCACUCCCAGCCUGUGCUUCAUAACAUACUCCGUUCACCAGUCUGCUAAACAAAGGGAACGGAGGUACUCUACUGUCUUCCUUACCUUGGAAAGGGACCAGGAUUCAAUGAAGCGUGAGGACAGUAAGAAAAUCAAGAACACUAUUGUCAAUGGCGUGCUGCAAAACACUGAGAACUCCACCAAAGAGGCAGAACCAGACUGCUUAGAAGUGAAGGAAAUCCCCAAUCCUGCUAUCAGAACUACAAAAUCAAAGAUGAGGAGGCAAGAAGGCAUUUCUCGAUUUUAUAUCAUCCAAGUGGUCUUUCGAAAUGCCCUAGAGAUUGGAUUCUUAGUGGGACAGUAUUUUCUGUAUGGAUUCAAUGUCCCUUCCAUGUACGAAUGUGACAGAUACCCUUGCAUUAAAGAAGUAGAGUGCUAUGUCUCUAGACCCACUGAGAAGACUGUAUUCUUGGUAUUCAUGUUUGCUGUCAGUGGGAUUUGUGUGGUGCUUAAUUUGGCAGAACUGAACCACUUGGGCUGGAGAAAGAUCAAAAUGGCAGUGAGAGGAGUACAGGCAAAAAGGAAAUCCAUAUAUGAAAUCAGAAAUAAGGACCUGCCAAGAAUGAGCAUGCCUAACUUCGGCAGGACUCAGUCAAGUGACUCAGCUUAUGUGUGAGGCUGUGACAGAACUGAAACACUGUGCCAGGUGGAACAGACCCAGAUACCAUUAGAGAAAGGUACAUUGCUUAGGCAAGCAUUUUAUCAAACCACCAAGAAAGCCAUUAAGGUAUUGGAUCUGCACUUACUGAACUAGCUGCAAAAUGCAGCGCUAUAUUAAAGACUGAAAAAACAGCUAUAAAACCAUGCUUGACCUAGCCUUACAGCACAGCUACUAUUAUUCUUACUUUUCUUUCUAAUGAUUGGGUUUUAUCUGUCAGUGAAGCAGCUUUUUGGUUGUCAUUAGGAUGUUUACAGUUUGAACUGUCUGACUAAUUGUUGUAAAUGUGUAGAAUGUUCAUAUCAAAAACUCUGCAAGGAUACUCUAUAUGGGGUGGGGUGGGGGACACUGUUGCAAUGUGCAGGCAUAAGCAUGUUUUAAAAGGAGAGUAAGCACACUGUAAGGAACCUAACCACAGCUCAGUCAGGAUAU